UUGUUUUUCUUGUUUCGACAGCCAUUUUGAAGUGGUUCUGGCCGGUGGUGUAGGAUAAUCACUGACAGUGUCUUACUCUGCAAUUGUGUAUAAGAAAGCGACAAAAAACGCGUUGCAUAUAGUGGCUCAAUAGCAGGUAUAUUUUCAGAAUGUCUAUAGAAGAUAAGACAGCGUUAAAGGAGCUCGACGCGUGGAUUGAACAGCUCAAUGAGUGCAAACAGUUGACAGAAAACCAAGUAAAGACACUGUGUGAUAAGGCCAAGGAGAUUCUCGCCAAGGAGUCCAAUGUGCAGGAGGUGAAAUGCCCUGUAACAGUGUGUGGCGAUGUGCACGGCCAGUUCCACGACCUCAUGGAGCUAUUUCGAAUUGGUGGCAAGUCGCCAGAUACCAACUACCUUUUUAUGGGGGACUAUGUGGACCGGGGCUACUAUUCUGUCGAGACAGUAUCCCUACUGGUGGCACUCAAGGUGCGGUACCGGGAGCGGAUCACCAUUUUGCGGGGCAACCACGAAAGUCGACAGAUCACUCAAGUGUAUGGCUUCUACGAUGAGUGCUUGCGCAAGUACGGCAAUGCCAACGUGUGGAAGUACUUCACGGACCUGUUUGACUACCUGCCAUUGACAGCACUUGUGGAUGGCCAGAUCUUCUGCCUCCAUGGAGGCCUCUCCCCUUCCAUUGACACCUUGGACCACAUCCGGGCAUUGGACAGGCUGCAAGAGGUCCCCCAUGAGGGGCCCAUGUGUGACCUGCUGUGGUCGGAUCCGGAUGACCGCGGUGGCUGGGGGAUCUCCCCCCGAGGUGCUGGUUACACCUUCGGGCAGGACAUCUCUGAGACCUUCAACCACAGCAAUGGACUCACCCUAGUGGCCCGGGCACAUCAACUUGUCAUGGAGGGUUACAACUGGUGCCACGAUCGGAAUGUGGUGACCAUCUUUAGUGCACCCAACUAUUGCUACCGCUGCGGCAACCAGGCAGCCAUCAUGGAGCUGGAUGACCAACUCAAGUACUCGUUUCGAACCAUCGUAGAGCACCCACGACAAUAAAAACCUCCAGUUCGACCCAGCACCUAGAAGAGGGGAGCCACAUGUGACCCGCCGCACACCUGACUACUUCCUUUAAGCCCUGUACCACACUGCUAGAUCUUAACAAGUCUGUUUUGCUUGUAUGCCAACCCCUCCUACCCUUAUGCGUAUGCUACCUCCCGUCCUUAAGCACUGCACUCCUGAUUUCAGUUGGGAAGCACUUCUGAUGAUUUACAUACCUGCAACAGGUUGAGCAGGCUCAUGUCAGCUCUUCUUACUUUCUUAGUGGCUACUACCAUUGAGAAGAGUGAACGGGCUGCUGAAAUGCUGGGUCUGUUGGCUUCCAUUAGGGAACCAGUGCAAAAAGGCCAGGGAGAUAGCUCCAUUCUCCCCUCUUCUCAACACCUUUUUUUUCUUUCAUUGGUGUCCAACUCGGCAGUGUUUUUAACUAAAGCAGUCCUCUGAAUUUUUUAGUAUUGUUAAAGCUUAACAAUUAGAAAAUUUGCACGCAGUUCCAAUGCAGUUCUUACCCGACUUUUUUUCAAAUGCUUUUCUUUCAUAAAAGUUGGGUUUAUUGUGCAAAGUGCAGAGAGCUUGAGGCAGUGCUUUCAAGAAGAAAAAAAACACAGUGCAUUCACGUGAGGAGCUGCUGUUCAUGUAAUAGCUUUAAUGGAGAAGGCUAUGCCAUUUCUGUGGAAACAUUCUGGACUGUGUGUGAAUAUUGUCAAAGAUUUUCUCUGUGGACCCAACGAGUGGGGAUGGAUGUCUGUGCAAGACGAAGUCUUUAUCGUUCGCAGCUGAACUUUUUUUUUUCUUUUUUCUUUUUUCCUACAAGCCAUUGGCAGAACUGAUGCAACUAUUGUGGGCUUCAACUCUACGUGCUUGCUGUAACAAGAAAAGUGGCUGCUGGUGUGUAGCUUCUUGCAAUGUUCAUUGUCGCAGUGCUGUUACUGCUGUUAGUGUCUCCUGCAGGAAAUGAUUGCACCAUUAAAGUAGCACUGCCUUUAUUUUUUCAAAACAAGAAAUAAGGGUUUUGUGGCAUAUUGAAGUACUUUGCCACAAUGUGCAUGAACAUUUUCACAAAUUUUUUUUUGUCCUUUCUGAGCACCUGAGCCAAGACAGAAUUUGUCAACAUUUCGAAACCUGCAUUUGUCCCACGAAAGCCAACAUUCGACAAGUUAAGCGGGGUAUAGAAGGCAAUAAAGUAGGCGUGUAUUCCCACUUGGUCUUGCACAAUGUGUGUUGCUCAGCUCAUGGAAAGAAAAAAGAAAUGUAUAUGUAUAUGCGCUGUAUUAAAUGUUUUCUGUUUGUGUUGUGACAUGGUGCGAGUUGUACACCACGUUGGCAUUUCUAUAGGAUGCUGCACUUUUUUUUUUUUCCGCAUUUGGCUACGAAGCCAGAGACUCCAAUUGUGUGUCAUGUUUUCAGAGAAUGGGUUUUUAAAACGGAAUACCUUAAGCGGAAUUUUCAUUGAACACUGUCGCCAACGCAAUAGGUCGAUUUCACCUUGCAUGCUGUGCAUGUGCAGCUGCUGCCGCCGCCAUAAUGCUUACAAUUUUCGCCGACAUUUUCUAUGUCUUCAGCAAUGACCAGGAGCGUUUUUAAUGCGACCCGUGUGGCCCAUUAUUUGGGGUUGGGUAUUUUAAAUUGUAUACGAACUUGGGAUCAAAGAAAACAAUGGAAGCAGGUCCCACUUCAGUUGUCAUUCGGGCCUCAAGAUACUUACUGCAGGCAGACCUGUCUCCAGCGGGUGUGGUUGCGCUCGAGGUGAAAUCGGUCUGUUGUAUAAAUGGAGGUGUAGUUUUUGUGCGACACGGUCACCUUCGCUAUUGUGGAAUUGAAGGUGGUGUAGAUUGUCAGCGCAGGUACUUGUUAGUGACCUCCCCCCACCCCACCCCUCCUUUCCCACAUUUUUUUUUUUCCUCAUGCUUCAGGAAGAUUAUGCGAUGGAGCAUUAUAAUAAAUGAAAUAAAAUUGACCCCUCAUCUGG